ACGUCGAUGAUUACCGCGACUUCGUUGCCGCGGUUUCCGAAGACUUGUUGCUGCUUGAAAUGGCGUGGCCGUCGCGGCAGUACCCGGAUUGAGUGACACGCAACUUGUAGAUGUCCUCUGGCGCCUAACUCUUCUGCGAUACCUGUGAAUGCUCGCCCGAGACGAUCCAAGAUGAGCUCCUCGGACGCCUUCAAAAUCCUCGUAGCCACCGAUUUGCAUCUCGGCUACGAAGCGAAGGACGCCGAAAGAAAGCACGACUCGAUCAGGACGUUCGAGGAGAUACUGCAGAUCGCGACUCAGCAGAAUGUCGACUUCAUACUGCUCGGCGGUGACAUGUUCCACGACAACAAGCCGCCGCGUUGGGUUGAACACGAGACGUUACGGUUACUACGUCAGUACUGUCUAGGCGACAAGCCAGUGCAGUUUGAGAUCUUGAGUGACCAGGCAGAGAACUUCGGCUUCUGCGCUUUCCCCAAUGUCAACUACGAGGACGCCAACCUCAACGUCUCGCUCCCGGUGUUCACCAUCCACGGGAACCACGACGACCCGACCGGAAGUGAAAACCUCAGCAUCAUCGACGUCCUCGCAACAUCGGGACUCGUAAACUACUUUGGAAAGGUGACGGACCUGACGAAUGUGCGGCUGUCGCCCGUGCUUCUGCGGAAGGGACGGAUGCUCCUGGCUCUCUACGGCUUGGGCUGGAUACGGGACGAGCGACUGCACCGGCUGUUUCGCGAAAGCAAGGUGAAGAUGCUGCGCCCCCGCGAGUGGACCGACAAGUGGUUCAACCUGCUGGUGCUGCACCAGAACCGGGCCAAGCACGGCCUCACCGACUACAUCCCCGAGGACUUCCUCGACGAGUUCCUCGACCUGGUCGUCUGGGGUCACGAGCACGAGUGCCUCAUCGACCCGGAGUUUAACGGCAGGUUCCACGUGACUCAACCCGGCAGCCCCGUUGCCACGUCUCUGUGUCCCGGUGAGGCGGCUCCCAAGCACGUUGGCAUCUUGGAGAUAGCCAUGGUUGACGGCAAAAAGUCGCACAAGCUCACGAAGAUUCGCUUGAAGACGGUGCGGCCCUUUUACAUCAAGACGGUGUCACUGUUCGACCUCGAUGAAAAGAUUGCAGCCAUGGGCAAACGGGCCAACGUCAAGACCUUCUCCGAGCACGCUCUCGAAUUCUGCACCCGGCACAUCGAGGCCAUGAUUGAGCAGAGCAUCCGCGAUCACCCCAGCAACGGGCCGCAACCCAAGCUGCCCCUCAUCCGUCUCCGUGUUGAGCACGGCAUCGAGCACGAGACGUUCAGCCCACACCUCGUGGCCCGCAUGUUUCCCGAACGUGUGGCCAACCUGCGUGACAUAGUACUCUUCACCAAGCGACGUGGCACCGUCACGAAGGACGACGGCGCACUCGACAUGAACUGCCUGCAGGAGGUCGCCAACGCGGAGGCGCUGGCCCGGUCGCGCGUCGAGGACCUGGUACGCGAGUACUUUGAGAAGGUGGACGACUCAAUGCACAUGACCGUCCUGACCGACGGGGCGAUGCAGCAGGCCAUGAACCUGUUUGUGGACAAGGACUGCACCGACGCCAUCAUGGGGGCAGUAAAGAUGCAGGAGGCUCGUGCAGUCGACGCUCUCAAAGAGGUUCCCGAGAGCAAACUGAUUGAAGAGAUAUCCCAGCUCAAAACGCGCUUCACCGACCAGCCAGACAUCAGCGCUGAGGAGAUCGAACGACGGGUGACGCAGGUCUCGAACCGCACCAUAGGGCUUGGAGGUUCGGACGACGACAACGACGAAAUCAGCCGGAUUGAAGACUUUGACGACGACGAUGACGAAGACCUCAACGGAACUUCAAGGUCGAAGCGCGGAAGGGGAAGAGGAGCAUCGUCUUUAAGAAGAGGCCGCGGCAGAGCCAGGGCUGCAUCAUCUUCCGCUAACACGUCGACAAGAGGUCGAGGGAGGCAGAAGCGAGUCAACCUGUAGUUUAAGCUGUGAUAACUUUUAAGUGCCAGAAGACAAGAUGGCAGUGGUUUUGCGGAGAGUUUCUAGAAGUUGACACAAGACGUCGUCUGCGGAGCGUGACAUCUAUUGUUGUGUUGCGUUUUGAGAAAAGUGUGGCGCUAAUGGCACAGGCACGGGUUUGAGAUGAUGACACUGUUGCUGUUUCAACAGCAGCUGAACUUUCUUUUUAAGAAAGGGCUAGCGCAUGUAUAUGAGGAACACUUCUUUUGAAGAAAAGUUCCUAUACCUGGACUGCCCAUGGCUGAACAAAUCAGCUUGUUGAGUACAAAACAACUGGGCUGGCCAAUGAAUAGUUGCUACCUCUAAGCAGCUUUGCAUCUCCUGAAACAGGCAUUCAACGUUUGUGUACAGACACUGUAAGGGGCUUUACUUGGGCUGGCUCGACAUGCAACGCCGACAUUCGGCCUCGGACAUUCCACUAAGACGUCAAGAUGGAGACGUACAGGAGUGGACCAAACCUGUUUAAUGUCACAGUAAAGUUACUGUUUGUUUACCAAAUGUUUGUAUCUUACAAAGUCCUUCUACUAUAUGCAAGAUUUGUUGAAGUGUUUAUGUGUUAAUGUUUCAUUUGUGUAAACUGAUG